CUGUUCACCUGCCACCCAUUUUCUCGUCUCUGUCAUCACCAGCUCCCACCGGCUCCCACCACCUCACGUCGGCCGCCUCUCUUUUGGAGAUAGCUUCAGCAGCAAAAAGAACAUCACCAUCGGCGAUGCUGCCGUUGAACACUCCAAUCGCUCGACCAAGCCACACUCGUUAAAUCCAUUCCGACCGACCUCAUCCACGCCCAUCAUGAUCGAACCCUCCCUCCGCGUCCGACGCGCCAUCACAGCAAACGACCCCCUCCUCGUCAAACGAAUCCUCAAAUCCCACCCCCGCCUCCUCCACAACCCAGACCCUUCCCCCGAAGCCCUCUCCAACUCGAACCUCCACCUCGCCGCCUCCCUAGGCCACCUGCCCAUCGCCAAAGUCCUCGUCGACCACGGCCACGAACACCCGGACCCAGCCCUCAACGAGCACCACCAAACAGCCCUGAUGCUCGCCGCCGCCGCAGGCCACACCGACGUCGUCCACUUCCUCUGCGAACGAACCCCGCACGUCAUCCUCCGGCGCGACAUACGCUGGCGCGACGCCAUCAUGGAAGCGAGCCGCGGCGGGCACGACACCGUGCUCCAGAUCCUGCUGACGUACGUACCCGAGGGCGCGCGCGCCGCCGUGCAGAGGGCGGAUCUGGAUGGUAAUACGGCGCUUCAUUUCGCGAGCAGUAACGGGAACUUGCUCGUUCUGAGGACUCUGCUUGCCGCUGGCGCCGACGCGGAGAGGAGGAACGUGUGGAGCUGGACGGCCAUGUCGUAUAGCGCUACCGUGCAGGCUGAGGUGUACCUCAAGGGGCUCGUUACCGAGGUGGAGCGGCGCAAGAUGGUGAGGCAGGAGGUUGAGCAGCUCAAGAACUCUGUCAAAGGGGCGGCUAGCAUCAAGGGCGGUGCUGUGCGGGUUGUCGAGGAGGACGUUGAGGUUGAGGACUGAGGCUGUCUAGGAUUUGGGCUCACUCAGCCUUUGACCUUUUCCGAGUCAUCAGCUAACGGGAGUUUGCGCGUUUCUCAAUCGACAUGGGCUCAGCACUCGACGGGACUUAUGGAUGACGGGAAUCUCGGAGCUCAGAACUUGUGA